AUGUCAUCGGUGAACUCAGAUGCCUCAGAUAAAGAAACAUCCAGAUUCCGAAUCACCUUCAUCUUGGUGGUCUCUGGGGUUGAGUGUGCUAUUGGAAUUGUUGGGAACAGUUUCAUCACAGUCAUCCAUGGGACUGAAUGGGCCAGGAGUAAAAGACUCCCUGUGGGUGACUACAUUCUGCUCUUGCUGAGUUUCUCUAGGAUCCUGCUACAGAUCUGGAUGAUGGUGGAGAAUAUUUGCAGUUUAUUGUUCCGACUCACUUACAAUCACAGCACAGUGUAUAUACUUUUCAAAGUCAUACUUAUGUUUCUGAAUUACUCCAACCUCUGGCUUGCUGCCUGGCUCAAUGUUUUCUAUUGUCUGAGGAUUGCAAACUUUACUCACCCUUGGUUCUCCCUCAUGAGGAAGAAGAUCAUAGGGCUCAUGCCUUGGCUGUUGAAGUUGUCACUGCUGGUUUCCUUAUUCUUUAGCAUUUCUUUAUCUAAAGACACCUUCAAAAUUUAUGCUAACAGUUCUGUUCCUGUCCCCACCUGCAAUUCCACACAGAAGAAGUACUUCUAUGAGACCAACCUGGCCAACCUGGUACUCUUUCUUUACCUAGGGAUCUUCAUUCCUCUGAUAAUGUUCACCCUUGCAGCUGCCUUGCUGAUCAUCUCCCUCAAGAGGCACACCCUCCAUAUGGAAAGCAAAGCCUUUGGCUCCAGUGACUCCAGCACGAAAGCUCACAUGGGGGCCAUCAAAGCUAUUAGCUACUUCCUCGUUCUCUAUGUUUUCAACGCGAUUGCACUAUUUCUUUCCAUGUCCAACAUCUUUGAUAACACCAGUUUCUGGAAUAUUUUGUGUGAGAUCAUCAUGAAUGCCUACCCUGCUGGUCACUCAGUGCUGCUGAUCUUAAGCAACCCUGGGCUGAGAAGAGCCUGGAAGCGGUUCCAGCACCAAGUCCACAUUUACCUGGGAGGGUAGACUCUGACUGCAGUUCAGUGA